AUGGCAGAAGUCGCCCCAGCAGCCCCCGCCGCCCCGGCCAAAGCCCCGAAGAAGAAGGCGACCAAGGCCAAGAAGAAGAGCGGCCCCAGCGCCCGCGAGCUCGUCCUGAAAGCCGUGACCGACUCCAAGGACCGUAAGGGCAUUUCGCUGGUGGCUCUGAAGAAGGCUCUGGCCGGUCAGGGCUACGACGUGGAGCACAACAGCGCCCAGGUCCGUCGCGCCAUCAAGAGCCUGGUGGUCCAGGGCUCCCUGGUCCAGACCAAAGGCACCGGCGCCUCCGGCUCCUUCAAGGCCGCCAAGCCCGCCGAGAAGCCCAAGGCAGCCCCGAAGAAAGCCGCCGUCAAAGCCAAGAAGCCCAAAGCAGCGGCAGCAGCGAAGAAGCCCGCCGCCGCCAAGAAGCCCAAAGCGGCCAAAAGCACCCCGAAGAAGGCAAAGAAGCCCGUGGCCGCCAAGAAGCCCGCCAAGAGCCCCAAGAAGGCAGCCAAGAGCCCCAAGAAGGCCGUGAAGAAGGCGGCGACCCCGAAGAAAGCCGCCAAGAAGCCAGCGGCGCCCGCCAAGAAGGCAGCCAAGCCCAAAGCCACCAAGGCCAAGAAGGCUCCGGCCAAGAAAGCGGCCAAGAAGUAG